CUCAGCCACUGCAGUUUCCUGCCGUUGCUCUGUGAAACUGUGAGCAGCACACAAUGCAGGCGCAUUCUUUUCGUUAGUGGUUGUGCAUUGGCACCAGGUCCGCCUUUUUGGCCCCUACGAGACUGAGAAGUCGGUGCAUUUGGAACAAUGGCGGCUCCACUGACGCCGUACGAGCUGGAGCGGUUGACCAAGAUGGAGGCAAACAGGCAAUUCUUGGAAAGCCUGGGGGUCGAUGAUGCUGUACGGAAGUUAGAUAGAGCGAUGAGCACCAGUAGAGUGCCUCGGCGCAACCCUGGGCCUAGGAAGGUGGCGGCGCCUGCGCCAAUUCGUCCAACCAGAAGAUCAAGCAGGGUCGGGGGCAAGAACGUCGUGGUCUACAAGGAGCUCUCCGAGCAAGACGUCCGCCUGAUCGACGGUCCGGAGCCCAAGAAGGGGGGCAGGCGCAAAAGGGCCUCAGCGGAGCAACCCGUCCGAGCAUCUUACGGGCCAGAGCUGUACACUGACGAGCACGAAGAUGCGCUUGGGGAGUGUCAGGAGGAAUGGGUUCUAUUUCAGGACGGGUAUACCGAGGAAGGGACGCGAGUGUAUGAUACAGUGCAGGGGAAGACGUGCCACCAGUGCAGGCAGAAGACUUUGGGGAAGCGCACAUGGUGCAAUGGCUGCGAGUCGCUGAACGGCCAGUUCUGUGGGGACUGCCUGUACAUGAGGUAUGGUGAGAAUAUCCUGGAGGUGAAUGCGAACCCGGAGUGGAACUGCCCAUCUUGCAGGGACCUGUGCAACUGCAGCAUCUGCCGAAACCGCAAGGGCUGGGGUCCGACCGGACAGCUCUACCGAACGGCCCUCGACCAGGGCUACAAGUCCGUCGCUCACUAUCUGGUCGCCACCCGGAGGGCUCUCCCGACCACUCCAAGUGCCUUGAAACCGUCUGCUGUCGCUCCCCCGGUCGCUUCUACCGAGCACUUCGCUGACGUCAUCCCCAAGCCAUCCCCUUCGAGCCCUGCGUCAGUCAUAACAGACGUCGAAACCAACUUCGUCGGUGGAAAGAUUGGGAGUCAAAAAGACGGUGACAGCUCCCCUCCCAUGUCGGACGUCAGCGACGAAGUAUUUUUCCUCGACUGCCCGAGUCCGGAGAGUGUCAACGCAGAGAGCUCUGCCGGUGGCUCGGACACGGUUAACACCAGAUUUACCCACAUCGCCCAAUUCGGACAGAAGCGGAAUAUGGAACUUGGCAGCCCAGGGGGCAGCAGCUGCGAGUCGGGGCUCAGUAGCGAAAUGGCGACCGGGGGAAAAGGAGAGAUUCUGGAGCGGAAGUUUAGGAGCCUUGAGGAGAUAACGGGGGGCGGGAGGCCCGUCAAAAAGAGGAGGGGCGCCCGCGCGCGCAGUAGCUGCAGCCGCUUCGUCGACUUUGUGUAGGUGGAUCUUCCGUCAAUGACGUCAGAGUAGAGACCGUGGUGGUCAAAGUCGACCGUGGUGUUCAGAGUUGGAGCUUCAGACACGUGGGUGCGAAGUGGACGACUUUUGAUAGUCAAAAGUGUGGUGCACUUUGGGAGAGACGGAGAUCGAUGCGGGAACAGAAGCUUUAAGCCCACUUUCGAGCAGACUGAUCGCACUUCGAAGGACACUCAAAGACCCCGGGGGUUAGACAGUGGCUGCUAGAUCUUCUGGGUUUUGGGCAGCCACUUUUCUUCGCGCUGUCUCUACCCUGUAGGAAAAUUCUUUAAAUUGUAUGGAAGUAGGAAAGCAAGCUCGUCCUCUGCGAAGGACUAAGCUGGAGCUCUAGGUGUGAAUUUGAGUCCAGUACUUGCUGGCUUCGUCGUCAAAAACAUUGGUGAGCAACCUCUGGACAAUCGCAGAUACAAUCCUUCCUUUACUUGUUUUGGUGCACCCACG